CGUAUGUACAUUGGGAAGGCGGCAGUCUUUGCAAACAGUUCAGUGUUGUGGGGCCAUAUCGUUAGUGCAUACAGGUAAAUGGGGCAUUUAGAGCCCCUAAUAACAGCGCUUCAGCCUUAAAAAAGGUUUAGAAACUUCGCAAUGUACACAAAGUUCAUUAGGUUAGGUUACAAGGCACUGAUCUGAACCUCAGUUCCCUCGUUUGUAAAACAGACGAGUUGAACUAAAUGUAUCAGCCCUUCGAUGGUUAUUUUGAAAGCGGGGGUAAAAAACGUUUGUAGAUGCCCUUACUUCCGUAUUGCUUCAUAAUCUCCGUGCGCGUGCGCCAUUUCCUUGGAGCAGAGGCGGGGCGGACAAGCCUGUUUUUUGAACCCUUCCAAUACUUAGCUCGUUUAGAACACGGGACUCGAAGCUUAUUGGAGGGCAAGCUUGCUUUACGGCUCAAGGCUGCUUUUUACGGCAUUUUUCGACUGCCCAUUCACUUCGCAGUGAAGAUGGCGUCGGGCAGCGGGACAAAAAACUUGGACUUUCGCCGAAAGUGGGACAAAGAUGAAUAUGAGAAGCUCGCCGAGAAGAGGCUCACGGAAGAGAGAGAAAAGAAGGAUGGAAAACCAGUGCAGCCCGUCAAGCGGGAGCUUCUCCGGCAUAGGGACUACAAGGUGGACUUGGAAUCCAAGCUUGGGAAGACAAUUGUCAUUACCAAGACCACACCACAAUCUGAGAUGGGAGGAUAUUACUGCAAUGUCUGUGACUGUGUGGUGAAGGACUCCAUCAACUUCCUGGAUCACAUUAAUGGAAAGAAACAUCAGCGAAACUUGGGCAUGUCUAUGCGUGUGGAACGUUCCACCUUGGAUCAGGUGAAGAAACGUUUUGAAGUCAACAAAAAGAAAAUGGAAGAGAAGCAGAAGGAUUAUGAUUUUGAGGAAAGGAUGAAAGAGCUCAGAGAAGAGGAGGAAAAGGCCAAAGCCUACAAGAAAGAGAAACAGAAGGAGAAGAAAAGGAGGGCUGAGGAGGACUUGACAUUUGAGGAGGAUGAUGAGAUGGCAGCUGUGAUGGGCUUCUCUGGCUUUGGUUCCACCAAGAAGAGUUACUGAGGCUUUCUAUGCUUGGCCUUUUGCUGGGCCUAACUUUGUGUGUGUGGGGGUCAUUUUUUGGGGGGUACUUGGGAAAGUCCUUAAGAGUGACAAUGGGGAGGGCUAGAGGGUGGGCAUUUGUGGUUUCCCUCUACCUUGGGAGAGAGCACAGGAUGCAGAGGUAAUGCUGUGGCAUAUUUCUUCAGCCUCAGUAUAUCACUGGCGUCACAGGACCUCUGCCUACCUGAGUUCCCAAUAAAUAAAAGCCUCCUCUUCUGAGGCUGCUUUCCCAAAACUCCCCCUGCAUCUUUCCUUUUUCAUCUAUCUAAUCUCUUCUCUGAGCAUCCUACAUUUAUCCUGUGUUCUGCUUUUGUUUUAAUUUUGAUUCUUGCUUAGCCUGCAGCAGAAGGGUUCUGAGUCCCCAGUUUCCGGUUGAUAGCAUAUUCUUGACCAGCACCCCUUUCCCCAACCCCCCUGUGGUUCUCUGGCCACCUGUGCAUGCAUGUGUACUUCUGCCUGGGUCAGUGGUGUGUGCAGGUGUGUGUGCAUGAAUCUGUCACAUAGAGGGAGCCUGAGCAAGAACCUCAGAGCAUUGCUGCCUUGGGGCCUGAUGUUCUUAGCUUCCUCAGAGCAUGUAACAGGAAAUUAAAUGGGAUGAGUGUUUGGUGUGGUUUUUGUCUGGUGAGUUUUUUAACUUUUGUUCUUCAUAUGUAAACUGUUCGGGUUUUCCUGUUUGUUUCAUUUUAUUGAGGAUUACUCUGUUUUUGUCUUCCUUGUGAGCAGCCUCUUGGAAGAACCUGUUUGAUGCAAAAAAAGAAAAAAAAAAAAACCUCACAUGGGAGCCCUUGGGUCUCAGAGGCUGUUCAACCUAUAUAAUAAAUGGCAUUGGCUGGGCCUAUUUUACAUUUGGUUGGGAACAUUCCAUA